AUGGUUUAUCUUGUAUCACCGUUCGUCAAUCAGGAGAAUAUCUAUCAUUUAAACCAUUUGCGGAGUUACAUUGAAAACGUCAUAGAUUUAUUCCACAAUAACAGUAAGUUUGGUGACGUAAUAAUGUAUGAACUCCUACGGAAUUGGUUGAUAAACUUACCUUCUAAGAUUCAAGUAAUGCAUCAUAUUAAUGAUCCUAUAGAUUUGAUCAUUCUAAGACUUUACAAUACCAGUAGCUUGAUAUUGAAUAACCUUUUCCCAUUUGUCAAUUAUUCAUUCUUAACAAAUUUCCAAGGUAACUUCAAAUUAUAUCAUAACCCAGAUUAUUCCGUAAGACAGGUCCAUUGGCACAAUGAGAUAUUAAAGAUCAUCGACAACUAUUGUAUAAGAGUUUCUACGUUUUUUUUGAAACGGAUGAAUUUGUUGGGGAUAUUUAUCGGUAGUCUGAAUUUUGAAAAAUUAUCAUUACAUGACAUUUUGAAUAAUAUCAAUGAAGUUAUGAUCGAUAGGUUCAACAAUACCCACAUAAAGUUCUAUAACUACAUACAUUUACCCCAUGAAGUCAACAAUGUUAGAUGGUUCCAUGGGAAUUAUCAUUAUAACAAAUAUCAUGCAAAGCUGUUUAGUUAUGAUCCCGUACUUUCAUACCAUUUAACCCAAUUACAUAACCCACAAAUCACCACUACUCAUGCCACAAAUGAUAAGAAGGAACAGUAUAAGAAACUAAGAUAUCGAGAAUUUGUAAAUGAUCCUAAUUGCGAUGAAAUAGGAGCUAUUUUAUCCUAUGAUUAUUCCGUCCAUAAUUCCAGCUUGGGUAAAGAGGCUUUGAACUUUACUAUUGAUUAUUCUAAAGGUUUGGACGUUAACGACAGAGAUGUCAAAGGUUUAGUUAAAAACCCUCUUAACCCCUUCAAUAACUUAAUUCAUUAUAAUAUCGGGAACUUUAAUAUCAAUAACUUUCAUAUCAAUUUCGAAAGUAUCCAAGUUGAAGAACAGGAUGAUGGUCAUAAAUUCUAUGAUGACAUUAAUAGAUUCUAUGUAAAUAGUCAUUGA